AUGGGAAGCACUAGUUUGCUGCAUUUGCUAUGCCUUGUCCUUGCUUUAGUAUGUGUGUCUCUUGUGCAAGCAGAAGAUGCAUAUAAGUUUUACACAUGGACGGUGACUUAUGGGACUCUUUCUCCACUGGGUAGUCCCCAGCAGGUUAUUCUUAUCAAUGGCCAGUUUCCUGGACCUAGACUUGACUUGGUAACUAAUGACAAUGUUAUUCUCAACCUUAUCAACAAGCUGGACGAGCCAUUUUUACUCACUUGGAACGGUAUUAAACAAAGGAAAAAUUCAUGGCAAGAUGGAGUUUUGGGAACCAACUGCCCCAUUCCUCCAAACUCAAAUUACACAUACAAGUUUCAGACUAAGGAUCAGAUUGGCACAUACACGUACUUUCCUUCAACUCUACUGCAAAAAGCAGCAGGAGGGUUUGGAGGACUUAAUGUUUAUCACAGAUCUGUUAUACCAAUCCCUUAUCCAAACCCUGAUGGAGAUUUUACUUUACUCAUUGGUGAUUGGUACAAGACCAACCACAAGACACUCAGGCAAACUUUGGAUUCUGGAAAAUCAAUUGCACUUCCUGAUGGCCUCCUCAUUAAUGGCCAGCCUCAUUCUACCUUCACUGGUAACCAGGGAAAAACCUAUAUGUUUAGGAUCUCGAAUGUAGGCUUGUCAACCUCAAUUAAUUUCAGAAUUCAGGGUCAUACCCUGAAACUAGUUGAAGUUGAAGGAUCACACACUGUUCAGAACAUAUACGAUUCACUUGAUGUGCACGUUGGCCAAUCAGUUUCUUUGUUAGUAACCUUGAAUCAGCCUCCAAAGGACUACUACAUUGUUGCCUCAACAAGAUUUACCGAGACACCUCUCACUACAACUGCAGUACUGCACUAUUCAAAUUCUUUUUCCUCUGCAUUAGGACCUGUGCCUGCUCCCCCGGUUGAUAAAUAUGACUUUGACUGGUCCAUGAAGCAAGCUAGAACCUACAGGUGGAAUCUGACAGCAAAUGCUGCUAGGCCUAACCCCCAAGGGUCAUUCCAUUAUGGGAAGAUUACUCCUACAAAAGUAAUUAAAUUGGCCAAUUCAGCACCUUUAAUCAAUGGAAAGCUCCGUUAUGCUGUUAACAGUGUCUCUUAUGUUAACCCUGACACCCCUCUCAAGCUUGCUGAUUACUUCAACAUUCCCGGAAUCUUCAGUGCGAAUUUACUCCAAAACAGUCCCUCUAAUGGUCCGGGAUACAUUGGCACCUCAGUGCUGCCAACUUCUCUCCAUGAUUUUAUUGAGGUCAUAUUCCAGAACAACGAAAACACCAUGCAAUCUUGGCAUCUUGAUGGUUAUGACUUUUGGGUCAUUGGUUAUGAUUUCGGGCAGUGGACAGAAGCCAGUAGAAAAACCUACAAUCUAGUGGAUGCCUUGACUAGACACACUGCACAGGUGUAUCCAAAAUCCUGGACUGCCAUAUUGGUGUCUUUGGAUAACCAAGGCAUGUGGAAUUUGAGGUCUGCAAUAUGGGAAAGGCAGUAUCUUGGGCAGCAGUUCUACCUAAGGGUGUGGAAUGCACAACACAGCCUUGCUAAUGAAUAUGACAUUCCCAAUAAUGUUCUACUUUGUGGCAAAGCUGUUGGACAUCACCCUUAA